GGCGCGGUGGUAGUGCACAGCAGACUAGUGACGUCGCCGGUCGUCGCUCGCGCGGGAGUGUGUUUUUACUGUGUCGUAUAUACUGCACUCAGUGUAAUUGCUGGUGGCUUUUAGUUUCGAUAAAUAGUGUGUUUCAGGGAACAAACUUCUACAUCAGCAGUGACUCGGUUGCAAGAAUCUAAUCACUUGAUCUUAGAUUAAACAUUAAUAACACUAAUGUCAAAACAUCGCAAUUUGAAGCGAUGAGUCAGUGACUAUGUGAGAACACUCAUUUUGAAAACGACAGUGAAAGUGAGCACGUGAAGAUGGCGGCUCGAGAUCGUGGUCCGAUCCUUAACGGGGAAGACACCGCUGACCAAAUGAAGAAAUCUGAUGAUAAAACGAAGAUUGAUUGUAUUAUGGAAACUGAUGAAGAUGAUAUAAUAAAUGAUACUAAUCGACCUAUAAAUGGAGAAAAUAAUAACGAUAUACAAAACCAACAAGACAAUGCAGUUAAAAAGCAACAAAAUAAAGAAACGAAUACUAAUACUAAUAUCAUGUUAGACAAUGAUUAUUCAACAGUUACAAAUGGUAGAAACAUUGAUGAAGUAAAGCAAAAUGGAGCGAAGAAAACAGACGCUAAGAAUCUGCUGGCGGUGCCGCGCGGAGGACAGAGGAAGUCGUUCAUGGAGCAGGAGAGUGCGAGAGAGAGGAGACGACAGACGCUGCUAAAGCAGUGCGCCGCCAUCUUGAAGCAGAGCGACCAGAAGUUCACCAAGGAGACGCUACACAAGGCCUUUCAGGAUGAGGACCUCCUGGAGCGUAUCUACGGGCUGUUCGCGGGCGGGGAGGGCGAGGAGGAGCGGGGCGCGGGAGGGGGGGCACUCCAACAGGACGCCUGGCUGGAGUACCUCAAGCAGCGGCUCACCGAGGAGAAGCAGCUUGAGCUGGUGGAGCAGCUGGAGAGCGUGGCGUACGUGGUGUGCGGGGACGACGACAUCACCUGCACCGCCUUCCGGAAGAUCAUGCAGAACCGCGUGGUGACGAACAAGCUGCUGCGCGCGGUGGACGCGGACGGCGACGGCGCGGCGAGCGCGGACGAGCUGAUGGAGCUGCUCGGGACCGCCACCAGCAGCCGCGCGCGCGCCGGCAUCGACAAGCAGAGCGUCGACCGCCUCGAGCGGCUCUUCCGGGACACCGUCGGAGACCAAAAGGAAAUCACCAAGGAGCAGUUCAGGAAGAUACUUGACUCUAAAAAUCCGUUCUUCACGGAGCGCGUGUUCCAGAUCUUCGACGAGGACAACUCGGGCAGCAUCUCCCUGCACGAGUUCAUCGCGGCCGCGCACCGCUUCGCGGGACAGACGCCCGACGACAAGAUCAGGUUCCUCUUCGAGGUUUAUGAUAUGGACGGUGACGGUCUGAUCCAGCAGCGUGAACUGCAGCACGUGCUGUGGGCGUGCAUGGAGGAAAACGGCAUGGUGUUCAGCGACGAGCAGCUCACGCAGCUCACGCGCGCCAUGUUCGAAGACGCCGACGCGGAGGGGCGCGGCGCCAUCACCUACGAGGCGCUCAGGCAUCAGCUGGCCAAACACGAGGGACUCAGAGAAAACCUGUCUAUCAGCAUCGAUCGCUGGCUGGUGCCCCCGAAGCCCGCUCGCCCGACGUCCAGCCUCCAGCGCCUGCGCCGGCUGCGGCCGCACCAACUGUCGCUGGCCUACCUGCGCAACAACCUGGCGCUCGUCGGCUAUCUUCUGGUUUUCUCUGCCGUCAAUAUGGGGCUGUUCGCGGCCAGGUGCGUCGAGUACAGGGGCCAGAGCGUCUUCCUCAUGAUGGCUAGAGCUUGCGGUCAGUGUCUGAACUUCAACUGCUCGUGGGUGUUGGUGCUGAUGCUGCGGCGCUGCAUCACGAUGCUGCGCGUGCGCGGGCUGGGCGCGGUCCUGCCGCUCGACCACCACAUCUACCUGCACAAGCUCACCGGCGUGCUCAUCCUGGCGCUCAGCGCCGUGCACACCGUCAUGCAUCUUUUCAAUUUUAGCAUGGUGGUAGUGAAGCACCCGGUGUACAACGCGGAGAACUACACGGUGUUCGAGUGGCUGCUGACGGAGAAGCCGCACACGUUCGGGCUGGUGAGCGGCUGCGCCAACCCCACGGGCUUCGCGCUGGUCGUGUUUCUGACGGUCAUGAUCGUGUGCAGCCAGCCCUUCAUACGGAGGAGGGGGAGCUUCGAGGUGUUCUACUGGACGCACUUGCUGUACGUGCCGUUCUGGCUGCUGCUGGUGUUCCACGCGCCCAACUUCUGGAAGUGGUUUGUGCUGCCGGCCGCCGUCUACCUCGCCGAGCGCGCGCUGCGCCUCAUGUGGCUCAGGUCCGAGCACGGCAAGACGUACAUCUCGUCGGGCAUCCUGCUGCCGUCGCGCGUGACGCACCUGGUGGUGAAGCGGCCGCCGCUGUUCGACUUCCACGCCGGCGACUAUGUGUUCGUGAACAUCCCCGCGAUCGCCACCUACGAGUGGCAUCCCUUCACUAUCAGUAGCGCGCCCGACCAGCCUGACUACAUCUGGCUGCACAUCCGCGGUGUGGGUCAGUGGACCAACCGUUUGUACUCUUACUUCGAACAGGAGCAUGCGCGUUUACACGCUAAUGCUCCUCCGCACAGCCCCGUGAGCCGGCUGUCGUCGGCGGCCAGCGCCCGCAGCCGCCGCAAGAGCUCCACCCCGAGUCACAAGAAGCGCUCCGUCGACUUCGCGCCGCAAGUCACGGGAGUCGACAACCCGGCCUUCACUCCCGACACCAAUGUGCAAAGCAUCGUGCAAACAAAUGGAGAUUCUAAACUGCAAGUGCCGGGCUUGCUGCGCGGCGCGGCGCUGCUGACGCCGAUGCGCUUCCACAAGUCGCGCUCCAUGCCCGACGUCUACAAGCAGAAACACAUCGCUCUCCGGGACUACAUGCGCUCGGAGUCGGAAAGCAACUUCGACUCCAACAACAUUCAGUCGGCGUGCGAAAGCCAUCGCCGCGGGUACAGCGCGCUGCACAACCGCCACCUGGCGGACAGCUUCCGCUACCUGCGGCACAAGCCCGCCAUCGUCGCCUGCAAGGCGCCCAGCGAGGAGAGGCCCCGCCGGAGAAGCAACGACAGCAUUAUCACCAUCGCUAGAAGAAGACUCUCGAAGAGCCUGUCUCCCGACAAGGAUGUGGAGGCUGAGAAGCACGAGCCGGAGCCGAGCGCGCUCGCGGAGGCGCCGCUGGAUUACCCUGUCGGGAAACCUCUCGAGAUCUUCGUGGACGGUCCAUACGGAGCAGCGUCGUCGCAUAUCUUCCGCGCGCAGCACGCCGCGCUCAUCGCCGCCGGCAUUGGCGUCACGCCCUUCGCCUCCAUCCUUCAGUCCAUCAUGUACCGGUACUGGAGCGCGCGCGCGGAGUGCCCGGCGUGCGGCCAUCGCUUCCCGACCGCGCUGCCGCACCACAACAUGAGCCUCAACAAGGUCGACUUCUUCUGGAUCAACCGCGAGCAGCGCUCCUUCGAGUGGUUCGUGUCCUUGCUGUCGCAGCUGGAGAUGGAGCAGGCGGAGCUGGGCGGGCGCGGCGAGCGCUUCCUGGACAUGCACAUGUACAUCACGAGCGCGCUGCAGCGCACCGACAUGCGGGCGGUGGGGCUGCAGCUGGCGCUGGACCUGCUGCACGAGCGCGACAAGCGGGACCUCAUCACCGGCCUCAAGACCAGGACCAAUGCCGGCAGGCCCAACUGGGAUAAGGUCUUCCAGCAGCUGCAGCAACAAAACAAAGGCAAGGUGACGGUGUUCUACUGCGGGCCUCCGCAGCUGGCGCGCGCGCUGCGCCUCAAGUGCGACCGCUUCGGCUUCCACUUCCGCAAGGAGACCUUCUGACUACCCCACGCCAUAUACUCUGACAACAUGCGACACAGCCUCGUUGAUCCGUCGUACUCCGUUGCUUAUACGCCCGUCGAUUCCAGAAUUUUUUCAUCUCAUUAUUAUUUUCAAAAAUAAGUUAAAAAGCAUGUGUGACAUGUACUAUAAUAGAAUUCAAUCAUACCUUUUUAUUUUUUACUACUAUUUUAUAUUUUUUUAAGGUGUGAAACAUGUUUUCUAUAAUAGAAUAAAUAUUAUCAAUCGUUACCAAUUUUGUAUCUAAGUUAUUAUGUUACCAAUGACAAAUGUGUGAUAAUGUGUUUCAAAUGUUUUCUUAUUAUAGUGAUUAUUGAAUAUUAUGCUAGUUUGUUAGGUGCCAUGACAUUUAUAUUUAUUGAUGCUUUAUAUAGUUUAACAAAAUGUUGAUACCAAUAUGAAAAUAACACAUUGUAAUAAUAACGUUUAA